AUGGAGGAAAGAGAAACCCUGCAAGGAAGAAAGAAAAAAGUAAGAACAAAUGAAGGAGGUUUUACAGGGGAUCAACUACUUACUCCCAGGGAAGAGGAGUGGAUGGUCGAAGAUUUAGGUGGAAAGAAGGACCAGGUUAGACAAAGAUCGUUUGCACAAACCGUAAAGAAUGGACCAACAGAAAAUAACUUGGAAGAUGACUUCAUGUCAUCAGAAGAAGAAGGAGUUGAAGGGUCAGAAAAUGUGCAGGAAACAGAACAGAAAACCAGCCCAGAGAUAAGAGUAGAGGCAGUUAAGGAAGGGCUCUACAAUAUAAUCAUAAAUGAGACAACAGAACGAAGAUUAUGGAAGCCAUGGUGGAAUACACUCAUUGUAAAGCUCUUAGGAAGGAAGGUUGGAUACGCAGCAAUGAAGAGACGGCUAGAAACUAUGUGGGGUAGGAAAGGAUGCAUUGAUGUGAUAGACUUGGGCCAGGAAUACUACCUAGUAAAGUUCUAUUCGAUGGAAGAUUUUGAUUUUGCCCUGCUAGAAGGACCUUGGAAGAUUUAUGAUCAUUACCUCACAGUGAGAAUGUGGGAACCAAACUUCAAUCCCCUGAUAGCAAGUAUAGACAAGGUAACUGCUUGGAUAAGACUACCGGGACUCCCCAUUGAAAUGUAUGACAGAAUGGUGCUAAGGAAGAUUGAAAAUUUAGUUGGAAGAACAAUAAAAGUGGAUAGCAAUACAGCAGAGCUAAGUAGAGGAAAGUUUGCGAGAAUGUGCGUAGAAGUGGACCUAACAAAGCCACUUGUGGGGAAGUACCUAAUCAACGGAAGGGAGUAUAGGGUGGAAUAUGAAGGGAUACAUCAGAUCUGUUUUUCUUGUGGACGGAUAGAUCAUGAUCAAAAGCUCUGUCCGUUAAAAGUAGCCCAAAACAAUGUGCCAAGUGUUCAAGGAGAGAGGGAGAAGGAGUUACCAGAGAAAGAUCAGAUGAGUGAUAAAAGGAAUAAUAAGGAAGACGGAAAGAAGCUGGAUAAAGGAAAGCAAGUCAUGCAAGAAAGUCAAGAAAAUUUUGGUGAUUGGAUGGUUGUCCAAAGACCAAAAAAAGGAAGAAAAGGCCAAGAGGCAGGAUCUAGCAAGACAAAAGAAACAAGUACGAAGACAGAAAAUAAGAGCAAAUUUAGUGUGCUGCAUAUUGAGGAAGUGAAUGAAGAGAUAACUGAAGGUGAAAAUAGGGAAAAAUCAGAGGGAAAAAAGGAGAAGGAAAAAGGAAAGAAAGAUAAUGCAAAAGGGAAGAGGGUUAAGUUUCAGCAAAAAAAACCUGAAACACAAAGAGAGAAUCGGGAAGGGAAAGGCAUAGGGGGAGCCAACAAUGUUGAACAGCAACAGCAUACACUCAACACAUAA